AACACACCUUAGCAGUGGAUUUGGCAUUGAAUCAACCUCUGAUCCGACUGUGAUGAAGCAUGGUGGUCGCUUUUGUUGGCUCCGCCUACCUGCACCCCAUGAUACACAGUCAUUCAACUCAUAUUGCCGUUCACAAUCUCCACCUAGUUUGCGAUAACGUCUUCUUCCUGUGUGAUAUAGUUGAAUAGCGUUGAAGAUGAAGUGUAGCUAGUGAUUCAGGCCACUGUUUCAGGCGCUCAAGCGUGGCGCCGCUGGUCGUCGCUCUUUGUGAGUCUGAGAGUUAACCCCUCUACUCAACAGCACAACGGAGUCCAAAGCAAAGUGCUGACAUGAGUCCAGACGGGUGGGUAGUCCAGGGGGGCAUAUAAACCCCUCUCACACCCGCCCUGCAGGACUUGGUGUCAGCAAGGGAGAGCUUUUGUUGUCGACCAGAGGAAGUGAGUGGCACGACGGCUCUCUGUCCAGGCACCGCGAAAUGGCUCUGACAAAUCCUACCCCAAACGGACCCUGGAAGAUCACCGUCUACGACCAGGAGUUCUUCCAGGGAAAGCGGCUGGAGUUCACCGCCAGCUGCCAGAACAUCGUGGAAUGCGGGCUGGACAACAUCCGCUCCCUGAAGGUGGAGUGCGGCGCCUGGGUGGGCUACGAGCACUCCAGCUUCUGCGGUCAGCAGUUCGUCCUGGAGAAGGGAGACUAUCCUCGCUUUGAGGCCUACAGCGGCAGCAGCUCUUACCGCAUCGACAGGAUGAUCUCCUUCAGGCCCAUCUGCUCCGCCAACCACAAGGAGUCUCGCAUGACCAUCUAUGAGACGGAGAACAUGACGGGCCGCCAGUUCCAGCUGUCCGAUGACUACCCCUCUCUGCAGGCCAUGGGCUGGAUGAACAAGGAGGUGGGAUCCAUCCACGUCCAGGCUGGAGCCUUCGUGUGCUACCAGUUCCCUGGUUACCGUGGACAGCAGUACAUCCUGGAGUCCGACCGUCGAGGGGGAGAGUACAAGAGCUACAGAGAGCUGGGCUCUCACGCGCAAACGCCUCAGAUUCAGUCCAUCAGGAGAAUCCAACACUGAGUGGAGCACGUCCUCCUCCAGUCCUGGUCUCAACCCUCCGCUCCCAGCUGGCCCGGCCGCUGGUGCCUGCUGUCUUCCACCGCACCACUUUGUUUUUUAAGAAACAUCACAAAAGUCGCAGAACGGAGCGCUCCACGUGUCAUCUGGCUGUCGAGUGGUGACGUCACUUCCUGUUCUCCUCCAUCGCAGCCUUGUUUUCGUCCUCUGUUUCUUCAUGAUCACCAGUCGUGCUGUACCUGUGACAUCGGUGACUUACUGUGUGUCAGACCACCAAUAAAGACAGAGCCCCAACACAAGAGCCACAGCCUCGGCAUUUGUGGCACAACAAUUAAAUAGUAGAAUAAAAUCCAUGCAUCUCUCACUGUGAAGAAGCAGAUUUUUACUGAUACUGUCAAAUAAAUCAUGUAAUAAAAUAAAGAAAUAAUUAGAAAUAAAAAGUCCCAGCUAAUUCAAUAAAAAAUAAAAAAAUGAGUGUGUUCAC